AAAGGAGAAUUAGAUAUUUUCUCAAGUUCAAGAUGCGAUACACCAAAUAUGAAAAAAAGUGAAAAUAAUGUAGACGAGAAGUUAAAUGGGACUCCUAGAAAAGGGAAUGUUAGAAAUUUAAGUUUAUCUCCUAAAAAAGACUUUAUCGACGAAGCAAUCAAGUGUAAGUUGGACGACGUAAUUCAUCUUCCAAAGGAAGAUGAGAAAUUAAAUGGGAUAUCAAACAAAAUAGGACAUGUCAGGAAUUUGAGCUUGUCUUCUACAAAAUACUCUAUUAUUGCUGAAGAACUAAAGUGUAAUAAGAUCAACGAUGUGACAUCUUCAAUUGUUGAAAAUAACAAUAGUAUAGAACACAAAGUGGCAACAAACCAAACCUUUACGAAAACAGAGAAAAAAGAUGAAGAAAGUUCAGACUUGCAAAUCAACCCGAACAUAAGAAAAAUAGCUCCGAAGCCGAAACCAAUCUUGAAAGAAUCCAGCAUCGAGAAACAUUCAGAAAGUCCUAGAUUAAAUAGGAAAUUCAACAGUGUUUCUCCUAAAAGAAAGAAGAACAAAACGUUGGCGUUGUCACUGGAUGGGAAUUUGGAAAAGGAAAUUUCCGAGACUCCUCCCAAUGAAGAUAUUCUUAGUGAUGGAAGUGAGAAGACGAAUAAAGACAGAGUAGCUAGGACUCCUAUAAGGAGGAAUACCUACUUGAAACGGGACAGUAGACCGAAGAGUGAAGCUUUCCUGGAUUCUUUGGCGAAGGAUGACAAACCUGAGGAAGUCUACAAGAGUAACAUCAGCCUCAACAGUGUGAGUCCAAGUGUGCAGAGUUUCUGCAGCGAGGGGAACGACCCGAGGAAUGGCGAGGAAGUCGACAGGGUUGGAAACGUGGAGCAGAAAAGAUCAAACUUCGCCUUCAUCAGGGGAUCGGACCCCCGAGUGGCGACAUGUCGCGGCAAGCUGCAGAACAAACGAAGCAAACUCAACCAAGAGAUCAACAAAGAGUUGCGACUCAGGGCUGGUGCGGAGAAUCUCUUCAAGGCGACCACCAACCGAAAGUUGAAGGAGACAGUUGCGCUAGAGUUGAGUUUCGUCAACUCAAACUUGCAGCUGCUCAAGGAACAGCUCGCUGAGCUCAACAGCUCGGUGGAACUCUACCAGGGGGACAGCCCUGAGCCAGUAAUGCCAAUGAUACCUCUUGGUCUCAAAGAAACAAAAGAGAUAGACUUUCGAGAACCGUUUAAGGACUUUAUUUUGGAACACUAUAGUGAAGAUGGUACCAACUAUGAAGAUGCAAUAGCUGAAUUAAUGGAUUUAAGACAGGCAAUGAGGACACCUCAUAGAGACGCCACUGGGGUAGCUCUACUGUUUCAGUAUUACAACCAACUAUAUUUUGUAGAGAGGAGGUUUUUUCCACCUGACCGAAGUCUUGGGAUAUAUUUUGAAUGGUAUGAUUCAUUGACUGGGGUACCGAGUUGUCAGCGAACGGUUGCGUUUGAGAAGGCUUGUGUAUUGUUCAACAUAGCGGCUCUAUACACACAACUAGGAGCGAAACAAGACCGUCUAACUGCUAAAGGGCUGGACGCAGCGGUAGAUAACUUCCUAAGAGCAGCUGGCACCUUCACCUACGUCCAUGAGAACUUUACCAACGCACCCAGUAUGGACCUGGCCCCUCACAUGUUGGACAUGCUAGUACAACUCAUGUUGGCUCAGGCUCGAGAAUGUUUGUUCGAGAAGCUCGAGCUUCAAUCAAGGGACAAACGAGAUGUCGACGUCUCAUUGGACUUGGCUCAAGAAGCAGCACAGGUGUCGGAGGUGUACUGCUCCGUACAGACGCUGAUAUCCGUGUCCGCAGUGAGAGACUACGUGCCAUACUCGUGGUUGUCGCUGGUGCAAGUCAAGCGUGAACACUACGCAGCCCUCGCUCACUACCAUUCUGCCGCAGGAUUGCUCGCAAAGGACCUAGACAGUCUUAGCUCCCGGACAAAACAGGCUCUUCAGCUGUUACAUAGAGACUUGGACCCUCGGACGGCACUCGACAUGUCUCAACCGCAUGACGACCACGAGCGGAAACUGCUAGGUCGAGCACACCUCAGGGGAGCUCUCAUGUUGCAUGAUGAAGCCGAGAGGUUGCUGCGGAUGUGUCGGGAGUUACGCAACAAGAAAGCACUCGCCCAAGUGUUGUCCAGGUCUAGAGACGAGACCACAACUAUGUACAGCAACCACACGGAGCAGAUUGACGACUUCAGCGAAAUACUCGACCCUCCUCACAUUCAUGCCUCCACCAAGUUCCAGCUGAGUCUGACGCCCCCGGACUUUGCCCAGUUGAGGGUGGAAGAUCUGUUUAAAGGCCUAGGUCCGGUGGCCAUCUUCUCCGCCAAGCACCAUUGGACGGCGCCACGCUGUGUACAGCUCCACCGCGGUGACGGAGAGGUCGGCUUCGGCUUUAGUGUGAGGGGUGACUCCCCCGUCAUCAUAGCUGGAGUGGACCAUGGCUCUUUGGCUCAUUUUGGUGGGAUGAAAGAAGGAGAUUUCAUCGUAUCCAUAGGAGACAAAGACGUCAAAUGGGCUCUGCAUGAGGAAGUGGUCAGAUUGAUCAAAGACGCUGGGGACUCCCUUAGUCUCAAACUGGUCACUCCGAUGGACAGGAACUAUCUCAAGCAACCCUCGAGUAGUUCUCAGUCGAGCACCCACAGCAAGUCGAGUACCAGCAGCCAGCCUAGUCCAAGCAACACUACGAGUUCUCACAAGCGACUGACGUGGAACCCCUUCAGACGUCAGCGAGAGCGGGAGACGAGCUUCAACCUCAUCUUGAGAUAAACUCUUCCCUUAGACCUACCCUUAGUAGCCUUGUGGUAAAUGCAUUGAAAAAGAUGAUUACAGUAACAUAACUCUUUGUCGAAUAUAAAUAA